GCACUCUCUGUUCACCAAAGGUCCAAGCAUUAGCAAUCUUUCUGAGCAUCCGAACAACUUUGAAAUUCAAUUUCCUGUAGGAAAAUGUCUCUGAUUCCCAGCUUCUUUGGUAAUUCUCGAAGCAGUAUCUUCGAUCCCUCUUGGGACCCAUUCAAGGACUUCCAAUUCCCUUCUUCUUCCUCUCAUUUCCCUCAAGAAACCUCUGCAUUUGUCAACACGCGUGUCGACUGGAAGGAGACCCCAGAAGCCCAUGUGUUCAAGGCCGAUCUUCCAGGGCUGAAGAAAGAGGAAGUAAAGCUGGAGAUUGAAGAUGACAGGGUGCUCCAAAUAACUGGAGAGAGGAACAUAGAGAAGGAAGACAAGAACGACACGUGGCACCGUGUGGAACGUAGCAGUGGGAAGUUCUCGAGGAGGUUCAGGUUGCCGGAGAAUGUGAAGAUGGAUCAGGUGAAGGCUUCUAUGGAGAAUGGAGUUCUCACAGUCACUGUUCCCAAAGUGGAGAUGAAGAAGCCUAAUGUGAAGGCUAUUGAGAUUUCAGGUUAAAAUGAUAAAUAUAGAUUAGAGUCAUUGCCACUUACCAGUGACAAAUAAUUUUGUUCUGAGAGUAUGUGAUAUGUGUUUUGUUUCUGGGUCUGAUGCUUUGUUGCUGAAGUGCCAUUAAUAAUCGGUAAUAUGUCCAUA